CAAUCAAGCGAAAGGAAAGGAACGGGAGGAGUGAAAAUAGAAAAAAAAUAAAACACGCUAUGCCUCGGGGCUCUGUUUAGUAGCUUUGGCUCAAGCUUUUUACUCUCACAAUUCGAGAUGCGAUCAGCAGUUGCGGAGCUGGUUUCAAUGUAGGCCAUUUCACCUCCUAAAUUAUAUAUUCAAUUCUAUUUCACUCUCUUUCGUUGUACAGACGAUUUAAUUUUCUCUGGAAUUUCCAAAUAAAAAGUGAAAAAUCGUCUGCAUUAAAAAAAUAUUUACAAUCGUUUGCGUCAUUAGAGUGUCUGGUUUGUUUUUUUAAGAGAGAAAUUCUAUUAUUAUUAAAAAGUGUGUUUACAAUGGAAGAUUGUUUAUCUGUAAAGAAGCAAGUGUGGAAUAUAUGCUAUGGUUAAGAUGGAUAUUAAAUAAGAAAUAAAUUAAAUCUUCGAAUAAUUUCUGAUGACUUUUGGAAAAAUUAUCUAUGCCGGAGAUAUUUUUUAACCCCUUCGCUACACAAUGCUCAGCCAGGGGUAAACUAAAAAAUGGAGACCAAAUUUAUCAUAGCCAAAUAUCUAAUUUAUUUGAGCUUAUUGCUGAUAAAAUUUCAGGUAUGCUGCGGAUCAGAGUUGAAAUUCCGCAUUCCACAAGAGGCGGCGGCGACAGGUGAUGGCAUCUAUAGGGUCUCCUACGCACCUGCAGGAGGCUAUCCAGCGACCAAUUUCACUGUGGACUCAUCACUCAUCAAUCAACUCAUCACCAUCAGUGAUGUCCUUCCAGGAACACUCUACACAUUCCAUCUUUAUUUCAGCAAUUCCACUACACCCCCUAAACUGAUAUGGACAUCGGAUUUACCAACCACUCCAGAGCCACCUGUCAAUCUGACGGUAAAUGUGAUGGGUGGAAAAGUUGCGGAGGCUAUUUGGGAGUCACCAAGGCAGGGUGGUCACACAGGCUUCAAGCUCUCACUAGUCCCUCUGUCAGAAAAAGAUGAGACACCAGUACGGAAUAAUUACAUCAAUCAAGUAACUCCGUUUUUAUUACGAGAACUAACUCCGGGAGCCUCUUAUGAAGUUCAACUCUUUUCCGUCUUCCACGGUCAAGAUUCUUCAGUCUUUGUAGCUACUAAUUUCACAACAAAACCCAAUACGCCUGGCCGGUUCAUUGUGUGGUUCAGAAAUGAAACCACUCUUCUUGUUCUGUGGCAACCACCUUAUCCGUCUGGCAUCUUCGACAAGUACCGGGUCAGUAUCGCACCCGAGGAUGCACUGGAAUCAGAGCUGCUGGUCGACAAGGAAAGAGAUCCACCUGGACCAGCUCAAGCAGCUUUCUACGGUUUGAUUCCUGGCCGUAAUUACAACAUCUCAGUACAGACAGUCAGUCAAACUCAAAUAAGUGAACCGACUAGAGCUCAAUACAGAACAGUUCCCUUGUCACCCAUGAAUGUAACAUACGACGCCAACCGCCUGACGUCUUUUUCAUUUGAUGUCCGAUGGGAACCACCAACAAAACUCUCAGAAUUCGAUCGUUAUCAAGUUGCUCUGGGUAUCCGUAACACAGUCCGUUACCUCAUCAACAAAGAAGAAGAAAGAGUCGUAACAUUUGACGAAGAUCUUGAGCCAGGCAACACUUAUGAAGUAGUUGUCAAGACUGUCAGUGGUAAUGUGGCCAGUUGGCCAGUCACAGCCAAUAUAACCACAAGACCAUUGCCAGUUAGGAUUCUGAAUUCAGCUUCUGAUAGUAUAGGAGAAAUAUUCCUCAAGUGGGAACCUAGUCGUAAUAGCACCCAAGACUCGUACAGGAUUAAGUACAGUGACAUGGAGGCCUUCAACAGUGGUGGUAGUCUUAUGGUAGUUCGCAACAACAGUAUCAACUUAACAUCCCUUCUGCCAGGAAGGAACUAUUCCAUAAGUGUUUCGGCUGUCAGUAAAAAGAUAUCAAGCAAUCCCACUACUAUCUAUCAACCCACAAAACCUUCGUCUCCAGUCAUCGAAUUGCUGCAGCCAUCAGAAUCCGGGGGAUGGAACUUGACAUGGAAAUCAGAUGUGACCAGUCGUCAGGAUCAAUAUUCCGUCAUGUAUGUGCGGAAUGACACGCGCUACUUACAGGAGAAGAUCACGUUCCGCAACUGGUUGGUGAUUGAUGACCUCUAUCCCGGUGCUGGCUACGAAAUCAAGGUGUAUGCGAUCAGUUUCAAUCUUUACAGCGAGCCACACUCCUAUUUCCAAACCAUACCGCCAUCAAAACCACGUGGUUUGCAGGUUGUGAAAGCAAGCAAUACUAACAUGAUUAUUUUAUGGUCUGCGCCAUCUGGUUCUCUGUAUGACCACUUCAACGUCCGUUAUCAACCAGUUGGUUCAGCUUUCUGGAGAGAAAUGGGUAUGAAUCUUUGUUUUAUUGUUUUUGUUAAGAUGGGCUUCAGAUCUUCUAAUAGUUGGUCUUUCUCUCACUGGCUUCUAGAUCCGAGACCCUUAACAAAAGUGAAAGAAGUAUUGGAUUCUUACAAUAUAACAUUUGAGUGGGAAGUGCCUCAUGGACACCGAGAUUAUUACAUCAUUGUUUACAAUCCAAUCGACGAUCCACAGGACCAGAAGUCUUUACAGGUUGCAGCAAAUGGAACAAAACCUAUGGAAAAGAUGGAUGUUAUUAUUGACGACUUAAAACCAGGAGAACUGUACUCAUUUCGAUUUUAUGCAGUCAGCCAUAAUUUAAGAAGUGAAGGUGUCACCGUCCAAACUAGAACAAAGCCUGUUAUCGAUUCAGUGAUCAACAUAGUUACUCGAGAGCAGGAGACAAAAACACUAGGCAUCAAAUACACACCGACUCUUCGUCGAAGUGUCGUGUUUGACCGGUACCGAUUUCAACUGAGCGAUCCAUCAGUACCUGCACAAGAGAAACUCUUCAAUGAUACCAACACGUUGGUACUUUUCGACGACCUGGUUCCCGGCAGACUCUAUGAUAUUUCAAUAUGGACCGUUAGUGGCGGUGUGAAUAGUGUGCCGAUUCAUCGACAGACAAGAUUGUUUCCUGAACCCAUCACUGAGAUUCGAGCUGAAUCUGUAACUGACACCGACAUUACUCUCAGUUGGAACAGACCUCCAGGUGAAAUGGAUGGCUAUGAGAUCCAGUACCAAGAUCCCGUUGGACAUUUAAUCAUGAAUGUCAGCUUCUCAGAAAGUAACACAUUUCGUGAUUUGAAACCCCACCACAACUAUACGUUUUUGGUAUCAGUCAUAAGUGGAUACGACACUGCAACCGUACGCCGAAGUAGACUCUUGUCUAAGACAGUACAGACACUUGAAUCAGUACCUGGACGAGUGCAUUUCUUUAGAGCAGUUGAAGUGAAACCCAAUGAAGUAGUUUUGCAAUGGACUUUACCAACUACAGAACAAAAUGGUGUGCUCACUGGAUUUAAAGUCACAUACUUUGUAAAGGGUACUAGUAAACGUAGAUACGAAUAUUUUGAGCCAACUGAAACCAGAGGAUUAAUUUCCGGUUUGAUUCCAGGGAUGGAAUAUGUCUUCGAAAUCCAAGCUCAUACAAAAGUGGGACCUGGUAUAACAACAGUAUCUGAGGAAGCUACGCCGAUUUGGGCUCCUCCCCCACCUGAUUCAAAUGUUGCGCCAAAAGUGGUCUCACGCACAGCCAAUACAAUCAAGAUAGAAUUUACAAACAAUUUUUUCUCCUCCAUCAAUGGAAGAAUCAUUGCUUAUACAUUGAUUGUUGCCGAAGAUGAGAGCAAAGACUCAAAUGCUUUGCGCAUGCCAACUUGGACAGAUGUUCAACAAUAUCCGAAAUGGCCCCCAUAUCAGGUGCACGAACCGUACUAUCCCUUCAACGAUUCUCUGGUGGAAGAUUUCGUGGUAGGUGCUGAGAACUGUAAAGGUGUCUUGGAAGGGUACUGUAAUGGGCCCCUGAAGCCAGCUUCAUCAUAUAGAAUAAAAGUGAGGGCGUUUACUACUGACAGUGCAUUUACGGAUACAGUGUUUUCUUAUCCUAUUCAAACAGAGGCAGACAAUCGGACGCUGUUGGCCGGCAUCCUUGUCCCCCUGGUGCUGCUAGUAUUGGUUGUUGGCGUGGCCCUCUUCUGGAAANACAAAAGUAUGUACUUUACAUUUUUUAAUAAUACUACUUUUUUAUUUACUUUUAUUUUCAGCCGUCCCGUGAAAUUGAAAGAUUUUGCCGAUCAUUACAGAAUUAUGUCUGCUGAUUCAGAUUUCCGCUUUUCUGAAGAGUUCGAACUUCUAAAGAACAUUGGUCGUGAUAAACCAUGCAACGCAGCAGAUCUCCCAGUAAAUCGUCCGAAGAAUCGAUUCACAAACAUAUUACCUUACGAUCACUCUAGAAUAAAAUUGAUGCCAACGGAUGAUGAAGAAGGAACAGAUUACAUUAACGCCAACUACAUUCCAGGUUACAACUCCCCUAGAGAAUUCAUCGUGACUCAAGGACCCCUACACAGCACUCGUGACGACCUCUGGAGAAUGAUAUGGGAGCAAAAUUGCAGAGCUAUUGUUAUGCUUACUCGUUGCAUAGAAAAGGGCAGAGAAAAGUGUGAUCAUUACUGGCCGUUUGAUAUGCAGCCUGUAUAUUACGGAGAUAUCCAAGUCAUUCUCCUUAAUGAGUCACAAUAUAGUCACUGGACCAUAUCUGAGUUCAAAGUUUCCAGGAAUGAGCAGUCUCGCAUACUUAAGCACUUCCAUUUCACAACGUGGCCUGACUUCGGAGUGCCUGAGCCUGCUCAAGUGCUGGUGAAAUUUGUGAGGACAUUCCGUGAGCGAAUCGGCUACGAUCCAAAACCCAUCGUCGUACACUGCAGUGCUGGUGUAGGACGAUCCGGUACCUUCAUAGCAUUAGACAGGGUGUUACAGCACAUUCAGAAACAUGACUAUGUAGAUAUUUUUGGUAUUGUUUCUGAAAUGCGCAAAGAAAGAGUAUGGAUGGUACAAAAUGAGCAACAAUACAUAUGUGUUCAUCAAUGUUUACAAUGUGUUCUAGAAAAGAAAGAAGAAUUUUUAGAGCUUGGUAGGCCCGAAGAGCGCGAUAAUCAAGGGUACGAUGAUGACGAAGGAAUUGCUGAGUCAGGCAUCUGAUGAAAACGAUAAAAAGAAAUUUCUGUGAUGAGACUAAAGAAAUACUUCGUUUCUUUUUUCAUGACUUUUUCCACGUAUCUUUUCCAUUGUGUUAGAUGCAGGCAAGC